AUGUUCCUGCCGUUUGCUCUCCUGCCCCUCCUGGCACCGGCUGCCAUUGAGGCUGCCGUUGGCAAAACUCCGCCAUGCGCCGUCCAGGCCCCCAAGCAGGAGUUUCUAGACACUCUGCACGAGUUCCGCGUUCAAGAGGCAAACGCCACUGCCAUGGCUCUGGUUGAGCGCGCCCAGGCGCAAGUCAACACUUAUGUCCAUAUCAUUGCUGAAGACAGAACCUCUCAAGGGGGCUACGUGGACCAAGCCACUAUUGACGCACAAAUCAAAAUGCUCAACUCCAACUUUGCAUCGACCGGGUUUUCGUUCGUCCUUCGUGACGUCGACUACACCAUCGACCCCUACUAUGCCCGUCUCAGGAGCUACGAUGACGAAUGGAACCUCAAGAAACGCCUUCGCAAGGGAGAAUACAAGGAUCUCAACCUGUACUACUUUGUGAACAUGUUCACGCGCAACACUGGAUGGUGCUGGUAUCCCACACAAGUCAACAACGGCGACAACAACUUCAUUCGGGAUGGCUGCGUCAUGCAUGUCGGAACCAUGCCUGGAGGCUCCUACUCACCGUGGAACCAGGGCAAACUCACUUCUCACGAGGUCGGCCAUUGGAUGGGACUGCUUCAUACCUUCGAGGGAGGUUGUGGCGGCGGCGACUAUGUCGACGAUACUCCCGCAGAGUCCUCUGCCGCAUACGGAUGCCCUACUGGUCGCGACACUUGCACCCAGCCGGGACAGGACCCGAUCCAUAACUUCAUGGAUUAUAGUGACAACUCAUGCCAAAGCGAAUUCACCACCGGCCAGAUCAACCGCAUGUGGAGUUGGUGGGACUAUUACCGCGCAUAG